UUUAGGCGAUGAUGAUCCGAGAGUUUUGGGUCUCGGAUUGAUCGCUUGGAGCUCCAUUGCCAUGCCAUGCCAUCCGACCGCCCCUCCCGCCGCGCCUAAAACCUCGACACCUCACCCACCUCUCCCAUUCUCUCUCCUUCUCUCUCUCUCUCUCUCUAGAACGCGCGCAAGAACACGCGCGAGGACUCCCCCCAAACCCCCACUUAAUUGCGCGCGAAUGGAGUAAUACUAGUACUAGUAUAAUCAUUAAUUGGUGUUUAUGGGAAGUGGUGGUGGUGGUGGUGAUCUUGGUGUGGCGCGAGAGGUGAGAGAGGAGGAGAGAGGUGGCGGCGGCGGCGGGAUGAGGAAGGCGCGCGUGUGCGUCCGCGCGCCGCACGGCGCCGGCGCGCUGCUCGUCGUCGGCGGCGCGGUCGUCGGCGCCGCCGUCUUCGCGUGGUGCCGCCGCCGCUGCCGAAGUGACGGCGGCGAGGGCGAGGGCGAGCGCAAGGAGGGCGCCAAGAACCACGGCGAGCAUCCAGCAAAGGAGGAGGGUGGUUUGGAUGGCGGAGUUGUCGAGGGCGAGCAGGGGGACGCGCAGAGGCUUCAUCAAAUUUAUCAGAAUCUGAGCAGGGACAACGUCGAGGUUGGAGUCAAUGGAUCGGAUGGCAAGGCAACAGAUGAACUUUAUCAGAUUCAGAAGGAUGAUGAGGUCGUUCCGAAUGGAGUCAAAAUGCGUGGGAGCACUGUUGUAGGUUCUUUACAAUUCUGUCUUUUGCUCUUGUGUUUCGGGUUUCAGGUUACUGAAGCUGUGGAGAAAUAUGAUCACGGUUCAAUCAAGGACUGUGCGGAGAUCGCCCCGGAUGGCAUGGUUAAUGAAGCUGUUGAGACAUAUAAUCACAAUUCAGAGAGGGACUGCGCUGAGAUCACUGCACAUGUUAUGGACACAGAAAAUGUGACAGAGGAUGAUGAUAAUUCAGGCAAAAAUGAUGCCGAGAAUGAGAUAAUUGUAAAUGAAAAUGAAGGUGAAGAAAAUUCUGCGGAAAACACUUUUAGCCUCAGCAGCCCUGACAUCACCCUUGAGGAACAUGACAACAACAACUGUGUUGAUCAAGAUACUGCAUCAACAGAGACAACACCAACUACAGAGAAGGUGAUGCAUCAAGAACAAGUCUCAGAGCAGGUGAAGAUGGCAGAAACAGCAGAAGUGAAACCGGCAGAAGAAACAGAAACCACACCAAUGGUUCAAACAGAAGUGAAACUGGAAGAGGAAACGGAGACCACACCAGUUGCUGAAACAACAGAAGUGAAGCCGGCAGAAGAAACAGAGACCUCAACAGUGGCUGAAACUUUACAGGUGAAACCAGCCGAAGAAACGGAUACCACAUCCAUGGCUGAAACAGCAGAACUGAAGCUGGCAGAAGAAACAGAGACUGCAUCAAUGGCUGAAACAGCAGAAGUGAAACUCGCAGAAGAAACAGAGACCAUACCAAUGGCAGAAACAGCAGAAGUGAAACUAGCAGAAGAAAAAGUCAUGAAGAAAAAUGAGUUUGAACAUGAGGAAGAGAAUUCUAAGGAAGAAUAUGUUAAACCGGUCAAUUCACUGGCAUAUUCCUCAGUGCCAUCUCUGCUUAAGCGAACGGUGAAGAAAGGGCAGGUGAAUCCUAGAUGGAAUGAGACAGGGAUGAAGCUAGAGCAAGAUUGCACCAACGGUGAGCUGAAUGAGCAUGACCUGACCAAAGCAGGAGCUACCGCAAUGGGAGGAGCUGUUUUGACCAUGGCUCGUAGGCCUGAUUCUAUGGCCAUUCUUGCUCUUAUAGUUGCAGUUACCAUCGCGAUAACUAUCGUCGUGCGCCUAUAUGUUCCUCUGCAAGCAACAUGAUCUUUAGAUGAACCCACGGUAAGUUCGCAAAAUGCAACGGAGUUCUUCUCUGAUCACUUCAAAUUCUGAACUGUAUGUAUGGAAAAUCAACGGAGUCGAAUUGUACAAGGGGGAAAAAAGCCUCUACUAGUAUGAGUUAAUUAUAACUCAUUGGAUAGCCUAAAUGCCAGGUGUAACCUGUAGUAGCAAGGCUUAGUAUCAAGAGGCAAAAAGAAGAUAGUAUGUUCAGAUCAUAGAGUUUCUCCUAAGAGGUAGACUGCUAGUCUUUCUUUUCUGUAGGGUAUGUCACUGCUUCAGUGCUGAAGUAUCAAAAAAGGUUGCGACAGGGCAACCAGCAACAAAACUAUGUUGAAAUUGUGAUGAACAACAUGCAGUUUAUACGAAUUAUUCUUCUCUCUUAUCAUUAUAUAUCACCCUUGUUAGUA